CUUCCUAAUUCCACCAAGCAGGUAGAACAAGUUCCGAUGUCAUCGAGCUUAUCUACCCAAGUAACGAUGCCCGGCUUCGAAUUUGAACAAAGUCGAGGACUGAUCAGAUUAAUAUCACACAUGGACAAGAAAGAACCCCGCAAAGAUCCGUCCGAGGAUGUGACUCGCGAGUCACUAAUUUCGAUUUCUUACGGAGUACCUGAAAAGGGUACAACUGCUGAAAAGUCAACCAACAACAAUACAGGUGGUGAGAAAGUGAGUCGACCGCUGAAACACGAUGGGGACGAGAAAUAUAGGUCUGAGCUGAUCUCUAUAUCCGAUUCACCUUCUCCAGAUGUGAAAGCGCUUCCUACUUUGCCUGGCUAAGCUUGGUUUUGCAGGUUUUGAUUUGCAAUGGUUACUAUUGAUUUUUAACCUCUGUGAUAAAUAUCUUAAUACUUUCUGAUCAGUGUAUUUGACUAUGUUUCAGUUAAUUGGAUUUAUGAUAUGUUUUGAGUGACUAAUCUUCUGACUACUUAUAAUACUGUAAUAACUUUCUUUGUAUAUUGCAGUCUACACAAGUAGACACUAUCAGUCAUCACUAUCUCUCAAAGUUGCUUGUUUUUUGAGGCA